AUGGAAGCCGCGGACAUUGAGUUCUUCCGCGCCCGCGACCGGCGAAGAAAAGUGGCGUACGCGAUCGCCUGCGUUUCCAUCGUCGCGGUCGUGAUCACCCUGUCCCUGUGCCUCUCCCCGAUCGCAAAUCCGGGCAACAUCGAAAUGAUCGCGCUCGGCAUCGUGCAGGCGGUGAUCGGCGUGACCAUCUUCUCCUUCGCGAUCGUCCAUUAUGUCUGCAAGGCGAGCGUGGAGCGUGAGAGGCGACGGAGGGGACCAGGUGCCUCCACGGAUGGCCACUGCGCAUCACAAUCAACCGCGACCCCAACGCGCAUGCGCAGCUCCCAUCCUCGGCGGGGAGGCGGGUCCCAGGCAGAGCUGCCAGUGCCCUUCCAGCCUCGGCGGCUGACGGAUCGAGAGAAAGGAAGCAGGGCCGACGAGCACUCGACUAAAACGUGCUGGGUUUUCACGGGCCGCAAGGAUUCCAGCGGCUUCUCUGUCUCUUUUGGGUUUUCCUUCAGCUGGUCUCUCACAUGCAUUGCCGGAGGCUUCGAUCCGGACGCGUACUGGAGUCCUCGCGUGGCCAUCGUGUAUUUGGAGAAGCCGCUUCGGAGGGGCCGAGUCCAUGCGGUCGUCGGCGGGGCGGGGGUGUCGUCCGGGGCCCGACUGGGCAAGGUCCAUCCGUCGGCCCUGGCCAGGGUCCUCGGCAAGGCCGUCCUCUACGGCGGGUCCUUACAACCGGGGCAACCGCUGGUCUUCCUCGUCAAGGAGCCCCCGCGGUCCACGGCCAUGUGUCCGGUGCUGGUCUGCGAGGAUUCGUCUUGA